CGCUACUCGCGUCAUUGCAUAGCACAUACUCGUCGUAGUAGUAGUAGUUGUUGAUCUAAUAGACAAGCAUUUGUACGAUGAAGAAGAAGGUACUGUUGAUGGGAAAAUCGGGGUCUGGUAAGACCUCGAUGAGAUCCAUUAUAUUCGCCAACUACAUAGCUCGUGAUACCCGUCGACUGGGUUACACUAUUGAUGUUGAACAUUCUCACGUACGAUUCCUCGGCAACUUGGUAUUGAACCUGUGGGAUUGUGGAGGUCAGGAGGCGUUUAUGGAGAACUACUUCGCUAGUCAGAGGGAUCAUAUCUUCAGAAAUGUGGAGGUCCUGAUAUAUGUAUUCGAUGUGGAGAGUCGUGAAUUGGAAAAGGAUAUGCACUACUAUCAGUCGUGCCUCGAAGCCAUAUUGCAAAAUUCGCGUGACGCGAAGAUAUUCUGUCUCAUACAUAAAAUGGAUUUGGUGCAGGAAGGCCAAAGAGAUGCAAUUUUCGGUGACCGAGAGCUGGAACUGAAGAGACGGUCUCUGCCCCUGGACAUCACCUGUUUCCGUACGUCUAUCUGGGACGAAACUCUAUACAAGGCCUGGUCCUCGAUUGUAUACUCGCUGAUUCCAAAUGUUCGACUCUUGGAAUUACACCUCAGCAAAUUCGCCGAUAUUUUAGAAGCCGACGAGGUCGUGCUCUUUGAGAGGGCCACUUUCCUGGUGAUCUCGCACUCGACGAGAACGAACUACAUGGACUUGCAUCGGUUUGAGAAAAUAUCGAACAUCAUCAAGCAGUUCAAGCUCAGCUGCACGAAAUCGCACUCGCAGUUCCAGAGCGUCGAAGUCAGAAACAGCUCGUUUGCCGCUUUCAUCGAUGUCUUCACCAGCAACACUUACGUUAUGGUGAUCAUGUCCGACCCCACCAUCCCCUCUGCCGCGACUUUAGUAAACAUACACAACGCCCGAAAACACUUCGAACAACUUGAUGCCGGUCGAGUUGCUAACGGAAGGUAGUUAGGGAGAUACUAUUUCUAUUGCUUAGAACGAAGCCAAGUGACUGUUAGACGAGCAAGCCGGGAGUGGCGCUUAGCAAAGGGCGUCAAGCUUACUUCUCUCCGAUAAUUAGGAAAUAAAGUGUGCAUGUAGUAUAGUAUUCAUUUUGACUUACAGUGACGUACGGAGAUAUUCGCGGGGGAAUACUGGUUUGUACAAGACAUAGCAAGCACGUCGUGUACAAUAUUAAAAUAUAGAGCAAUAAAAAUGAUGUUAUUCUUCAGAUACAUAACAUCCUGUCGCCUAGGUUAGGCUAUCACCA